GGCUACGGUUUGCAUGAGGGACGACACGGACCAAACCACUUGUGACAAUUCUGAAGAUAUUAAUAACAAUUUGAAGAAAGCGGAUAUGGUCCAGAAGUUCGGAAAGCACGACAUCCAGACCGGACACACCAUCCGGGCAUUUAACAGCCGACAUAACAGGCGCUACAGACGGUACUGUCUGUUAAAGAUGUCCGCACCGAGAGUGAAAGUCAAUGGGCGGACACUGAACAUUGACCACACAGUCCCCUACUCCCUUAACAAGCAGGCGCGCUGGGAACUUCCGGAACUCAUUGUAGACACCGCGCGUGCACCAUCAAGAUUCACUGCCCCAGAAGUUCAACAGCAGUUUGUCCGCCAUAUCAGGCACCAUGCGGACAGAGUGGAGGCGAUGCGAAAGUCAUACACACAAAGGAAUGCCGAUAUUGCAAUUGUAUUGAGUAAUACUUGUUUACGGUUUAUGAAUGUUGAACAGAUUGAUAUGCGAAAUAACAAUCUCGUCACUUCGUGCACGAUGAUAUUUCAAACAUUUUCAGAAAUUGACCAAGAAAUCAGUGUAUUAGAAGGCAUUCAACGGAGUUUUUCAGAAACACGCUGCCGUGAUAUUAAUUAUACUCGUAUCGAUGUGUUAACACCAUCUUCUCUGAAAACGCAAGCACAGGUCAAACCAUCUCAUUUAGAACAUCAUGUUUCUAAGAAUUUCAAGAAGCAUACAGCUAUUGUUGGUAAGCGAAAACAAAAUCGACAAACAUGUGAUGUGGAUCUAAUAGAAUAUUAUUUGAGCACAGUGACUGCUGAGGACGAAGCGAUAAACAUAUGUCUGGAAAACGAACGCCAACAUCAACGAACAACCAUUACUUUAUGUGACUAUUUUCCACAAAAUUUCUUCGACGAUUUAAAACGUACCGUUGUCAGAGCAGAUCAACAGUCGCCGCUCAGUCCUCAAAGCGUACUUCCGCUUUCAGCGGUAGGAGAGGCCGCCACGAUGGCGUCUAUCCAGGCCUCAACUGCAAACGAGUCUCAAGCGAAUUCGCGCCCAUCCACCGCAGACGAGACCCUAGCGAGCUCGUGCGCCCCCACGACUGUGCACAGCACGCGACGAAUACAUUUCAAGAUGCAGGGUGCACGCAUCUUGCUUCGCAAAGACGAGGUUCUCGGACACGAUUUGAGGCAGAUGUACGGGAAGAGAUACAUUGAGUGCGGAUGCUUUCCUCGAAGGUUUCUGCUCGAUAUAUCCAACAAUUUCUAUAAUAUGUAUUCGUCUGACAAAUUUGUGCAAAACAGCAAAGUCACGCGUGUGACGCAUGCGUUCCUAGCUUUUGUAAGAGAUUCUGCGCAUGCGCUAGAUAACAAGAUGGAGCAUGCGUAUAAAGUUUUCCUUAAUAUAAACGCGCCAUCCAUCAACAAUAAUGUUCUUGUUGAAAACCUGAGGUUAAAUGAUAUUAUGAAUAUUACGGAUGUCAUAGCAAAAUCCAAACAAACUGUACAACUGAAGUAUAGUUCAUUGUUACGUUACGAAGAAGGCACUGAACCUGUGAACAUGACAUCAAAAAGAAGUUUUUUAGAUGACGUUUUGGGCUGGCAAACAACAUCGUAUCUUACGAACAACACUGUGCUGAUGGAUCAGUGGACUUCCGAAUGCAACUACAUUGACACGUGGUCACAUGGAAGCGAGUGCAGUGCGCCGUAUAAAUGUGAAGACGAUGGGCAAACAGAUGUACACUCAGAGGUAUGUGCGUUAUGCAUGAAACCUGUCAGAAAAUACUCUGUAAAGACCAUUACAUUGAAAACUUGCAAACACUGCAGUUGUGUUACAUGUUUUACCAGGAACAUCAGGAGUCAAAUGCGUAUGGUAGUAAAUCCUUUAAAGUGUCCGGUAAUGGAAUGUAGUGUCACUGUGGAGGCUAGUACAGUUAUCUCCGUGAUAGACAUUCCGGAAUGCCUACAAUAUUUAGUUCAGUGCCAAAGAAAAGAGACUGAAACCAACCCGCUUAAAACAUUUUGUCCAAACACCUCAUGUCAGCGUAUACUUGUUCGGAAUUCCUUAAGCACACAUGAGGUACAGUGUCCUUGUGGAGAGCGAUUGUGCUUUGCUUGCUGUGGACUGCCACACUGGCCAUUGUCAUGUGACCAAUACACCGCGUACCUCACGAUGAUCUUCCGAAGAGAUGUUGCUACGCAACCGCCCGCCGAGUUCGUAGUAAAUUUACGGUCUCUCAUCUGCCGCGUGUGUUUAACAGAAGUUCAGAAGUUUGAUGUACUCGAGGCCUCCGCUACCAUGUGCACGUGUCACAGAGAGAUAUGUUCCCGAUGCCUGCAGCAGACGCGUCGUCCUCUGAUCGAACACGCCGACACUUGCAGUCUGGUACAAACGCGACCAGGAUACGUGUCCGGCACGAGACUGUCCAAGUGGAAGAGCCUUGCCUUUCAGCACAGGUCACAGCGACAUCCGUACCGCAUCCAGAAAUUGAAAGCAAACUCCAAGCUUCUCGUCCGCAAACUGAAGCCUUACAUCCUGACCAGCGGCAUGCAGUUGGGAUUCCACGUGGAUGAGAAGGUUUUCUCGCACGAGUCACACAAAGUCCGCGACUACAUUGACAGUUUUAUUGACAUGUAUGCCACCGCAUGUCGAGUCGGGGAGCUCACGUCGGCCCUCAUUGACAUCGAAGGUCAGGAACAGUGUAAGCAAUUACAAAAAUGCCUCCUGCAAUUGUCUGUGCUCUCUAAAACUGUCAUUGAGUUGUUCAAGUCAGGCGGGUAUCAGAGACCAGACCGACUGCAUGUGGAGCUUAAGGAAGCGAGGACUUUGGGUAAACAACUGCUGAACGCGUUUUACGCUGGCACAUUCGGGCGAUAAGCAAUAAUAGUAAUGUCAUUGGCGAUUGAUAAUAUGAAUGAUUAAUUAACGUUUGUUUGUUUUUAAAGACGAUUUAGGCAGGUUUAUAAUAGUUGUUAUUGCA